CCGCCCCCGCCCGCAGAUUUCACAGACAAGCCCCUGGAGAAGCCCCUGAAGCUGGUGCUGAAGGUGGGCGGCAGCGAGGUGACCGAGCUCUCGGGGUCCGGCCACGACUCCAGUUACUACGAUGACAGGUCGGACCUGGAGCGGGAGCGGCACAAGGAGAAGAAGAAGAAGAAGAAGAAGAAGGCGGAGAAGGAGAAGCACCUAGAUGAGGAGGAGAGGCGGAAGCGGAAGGAAGAGAAGAAACGCAAACGGGAGAAGGAGCACUGUGACACCGAGGGGGAGGCCGAGGACUUCGACCCUGGGAAGAAGGUGGAGGUGGAGCCGCCCCCGGAUCGGCCAGUGCGUGCCUGCCGGACACAGCCAGCCGAGAACGAGAGCACGCCUAUCCAGCAGCUGCUGGAACACUUCCUCCGACAGCUGCAGAGAAAAGAUCCUCAUGGGUUCUUUGCUUUUCCCGUCACGGAUGCGAUCGCUCCUGGGUACUCCAUGAUAAUAAAACACCCGAUGGACUUCGGCACCAUGAGGGACCGGAUCGCAGCCAGCGAGUACAAGUCAGUGACAGAAUUUAAGGCAGACUUCAAGCUGAUGUGUGAUAACGCAAUGACUUACAAUAGACCGGACACUGUGUACUACAAGUUAGCUAAGAAGAUUCUUCACGCAGGCUUUAAGAUGAUGAGCAAAGAGCGGCUCGCAGCCCUGAAGCGCAGCAUGUCGUUCAUGCAGGACAUGGAUUUCUCUCAGCAGGCAGCUCUUCUGGGCCACGAAGACACAGCUGUGGAGGAGCCUGCCCCCGAGGCUGUACCAGUGCAGGUAGAAGCUGCCAAGAAAUCCAGGAAGCCAAGUAGAGACGUCGUCAGCUGCGCGUUCGAGCCCGAGGGAAACGCCUGCAGCCUGACAGACAGCACCGCGGAGGAGCACGUGCUGGCCCUGGUGGAGCACGCCGCCGACGAGGCCCGGGACAGGGUCAGCCGCUCCCUCCCGGGCGGCAAGAUGGGCUACCUGAAGAGGAACGGAGACGGCAGUCUGCUCUACAGCGUGGUCAACGUGGCCGAGCCUGAUGCCGACGAAGAGGAGACUCACCCGGUGGACCUGAGCUCACUCUCCAGUAAGCUGCUCCCAGGCUUUACGACCCUGGGCUUCAAAGACGAGAGGAGGAGCAAAGUCACGUUCCUCUCCAGCACCAGUUCUGCACUGUCAAUGCAGAACAACCCCGUGUUCGGGGACUUGAAAUCGGACGAGACAGAACUGCUGUACUCGGCCUACGGGGACGAGACGGGUGUACAGUGCGCGCUGAGCCUGCAGGAGUUCGUGAAGGAUGCCGGGAGCUACAGCAAGAGGGUGGUGGACGACCUCCUGGAUCAGAUCACGGGAGGGGACCACUCGCGGCUGCUCUUCCAGCUGAGACAGAGGAGAAGUGUUCCCUUGAGACCUCCAGACGGAUUAAAGGUCGGAGACCCCCUCGGCGACGGCAGCGGCUCCGUCCUGGACCUCAUGUCCGUGAAGCCUUACGCUGACGUCUCCCUGGACAUGUCCAUGCUCGGCUCCCUGGGGAAGGUGAAGAAGGAGCUAGACCAUGAGGACGGCCACCUGCACCUGGACGAGACGGCAAAGCUACUGCAGGACCUCCACGAGGCACAGGCGGAGCGCGGUGGCUCCCGGCCGUCGUCCAACCUCAGCUCCCUGUCCAACACCUCUGAGAGGGACCAGCACCACCUGGGAAGCCCCUCCCGCCUCAGUGUCGGGGAGCAGCCAGACGUUCCCCACGACCCAUACGAGUUCCUUCAGUCUCCGGAGCCCCCGGCCUCCAAGAACUAGCCCAGAAGUGGACGCCAGCUAUGGUUCCGCUUUCUUAGCUUCCGGCUCACACGCGCCGUGCCGUCUCAGCUGGAGGCUGGAACUGGUUGCCUCUAGCCUGCGGGACCAGGCCUGGGAGGGGUAGAGUCUACAGUGGCAGUGUCACCCCUUUACGGCCCAGGGGUGCUGACGCUGUCUGCCGUCCGUGUCUGCGUGACAUGAGUGGCUCGAUCACAUCUCCCACGUCCCGAGGUCCGCACGCCUGGUCCAGUGAAGCCGUCCGUUGUGACACGCCUGCAACUGGGCAUGUUCCUGCACGCCACCUGACAGAGCCCUGUGAACAGUGCCGUCUGUGACCGUCCUAGUGCAGCCAGAGACACGGGUGGCAGCGGCACGUGGCCACAGCUGAGGGGCGCCUCCCUGGUCGUCAGGCCCAGUCCUUUACUGGGUGACAUUGGGGGUGCCCGGCGCCCUGCUCCCGAUGUGGAAAAGCUGAAGUGAGGCCGGGCAGACUGCAGCUCAGUCACCCUGGGAGGAGCGUGGAGCUGCCCGGGCCCCACAGCGCGGUGACUGAUGCCUCAGGCCUGGCUGACACUGGUGGUGGGGAAAGACCCGCUCAGGGUGGAGCCUCGGGGAGCAGCCGUGGCCAGCUCCAGCAGGAAAGGGUGGUGCCGGGCUGUGUCAAGGGCCUUCAGCGCUGACUGGCAGACGAGCCCCGCGGCCCUGUCCCCACUCUGCCAUGCCGGUCGGGGCGUGCGUACACAGCUGCAAGGAGGAUGGGAAAGCGUCUGUCCAGCCUCCGGGCAGGGCGCACUCUGCCCCUCCCAGGACCCAGAGCUGGACUGCCCCUCGGCCAGCUGUCCCUGCGGCCGGGCCUCUAGGGGGCAGCCUCCCAGGACCUCUCUAGAACCUCUUUCUUGCUCCCUGGACCACAGCCAGGGUUCUCACGAGAAGCUGUGAUGUCAGCAGACCUCAGCCCCAGGCAGCCUGGGUGGAGGCCCGACCUGCAGCCCCGGUCACCUUCUGAGUAGCUGGGCUGUCCGUGCAGCCCUGACAGCCCAGGGGGCGACUGCUCCCCAGGCUGGGACCCGGGAGCUCAGCCCCCAAUCCGCAUGUCACUCAGAAGGAAGACUCGCUGGCCAGCACCUUCAGUUUUUAAAAUGCCCUUUAUUUGUAUGUUAGUAAAAUUCACAUGACAGUUAACCAUC